UGGUUGCGUCCGUGACAUCAUCAUCAUGGCAACAAGAGCUGCAGCCUGGGACCGAGGAGCCUGUGUGAUUCCCGGCGGCGGCGGCAGUGGCGGCAGCACCAGCACCGACGAAAUCGCAAGGGCUUCUCUCCUGCGGCCCCUCGCCGGGUGCUCCUGAGGAGGCAGCGGCAGCAGCGCCUACACCGCCCCGCCCGCCACCGCUCCUCGCGGUGUGUGUGUGUGAGGGGAGGGGGCCGAGCCGAGAAGGGGAGGGGGCGCCCGCUGCGGAGGGAGCCGCCGCCGCUGCUGCUGCCACUGCUGCUGCCACUGCUGCUGCCGCUGCCGGGUCGCCAGUGAAGGGAGGCAGUGGCGGCGGCGGCGGCGAACAUGUUUUCAGUGAGGAUAGUGACUGCAGACUACUACAUGGCCAGCCCGCUGCAGGGGCUGGAUACCUGCCAAUCCCCCCUCACCCAGGCCCCUGUCAAGAGGGUGCCGGUGGUGCGAGUCUUCGGAGCGACCCCGGCAGAAUAAAACCCAAGACAAGCCACAUAAAAGCAACCUAAAAAUUAAACUGUCAUCAUAUUAUUUGUUUUAAAACUAUGGACUAAUAUAUCUGAGGAAGAUUUCUCUCAAAAUUGUUUUUCUCAAUUUCAAGUCAGAAGACAUGUCUUCAUCUACAUGGCAUCUUUCCUUACCUCUAUGUGCCAUACGAUGGUUAUGGACAGCAACCAGAAAGCUAUCUUUCUCAGAUGGCAUUCAGUAUCGACAGAGCACUUAAUGUGGCUUUAGGCAAUCCAUCUUCCACUGCUCAGCAUGUGUUCAAAGUGUCAUUAGUAUCAGGAAUGCCUUUUUAUGGUUAUCAUGAGAAGGAAAGACACUUUAUGAAGAUCUAUCUUUACAAUCCUGCAAUGGUGAAAAGGAUAUGUGAACUUUUGCAAAGUGGAGCCAUAAUGAAUAAGUUUUACCAGCCUCAUGAAGCGCAUAUUCCCUACCUCCUACAGCUCUUCAUUGACUACAAUCUUUAUGGCAUGAAUUUAAUAAAUCUGGCUGCUGUCAAGUUCCGAAAAGCAAGAAGAAAAAGUGAUACAUUGCAUGCAACUGGAUCCUGCAAGAAUCGUUUAUCAGGACAUUCUCUUGCUGGUACUUUAUUUCGGUGGGAACAAGAUGAAAUACCAAGCUCUUUAGUAUUGGAAGGUGUUGAACCACAGAGUACAUGUGAAUUAGAAGUGGAUGCUGUAGCUGCUGAUAUCCUAAAUCGUCUGGACAUAGAAGCUCAAAUUGGUGGAAACCCUGGUCUACAGGCCAUAUGGGAAGAUGAAAAGCAACGGCGAAGAAACAGAAAUGAAACUUCUCAAAUUAGCCAACCUGAGUCACAAGAUCACAGGUUUGUGCCAGCAACAGAAAGUGAAAAAAAUUUUCAGAAGAGACUUCAGGAAAUUCUCAAACAGAAUGAUUUCUCUGUAACAUUAUCAGGAUCUGUGGACUACAGCGAUGGAUCCCAGGAGUUCUCUGCUGAGUUAACAUUGCACUCUGAGGUUCUGUCUCCUGAAAUGCUUCAGUGUACACCAGCCAGUAUGGUAGAAGUUCACAAAGACCAAGAGUCAAGCAAAGGUCACACCAGACACAAACUGGAAGAAGCUCUUAUUAAUGAAGAAGCAAUUUUGAACCUCAUGGAAAAUAGUCAGACUUUUCAGCCUUUGACCCAGAGACUGAGUGAAUCACCUGUUUUCAUGGACAGUAGUCCUGAUGAGGCUCUGGUACAUCUUCUUGCUGGUUUGGAAAGUGAUGGAUAUCAGGGGGAAAGAAAUAGGAUGCCAUCACCAUGUCGCUCCUUUGGAAAUAAUAAAUAUCCCCAAAAUAGUGAUGAUGAAGAAAAUGAACCACAGAUUGAAAAAGAGGAAAUGGAGCUUAGUUUGGUGAUGUCCCAGAGAUGGGACAGCAAUAUUGAAGAACAUUGUGCCAAAAAGAGAUCACUGUGCAGAAGUACCCACAGAAGUUCAACUGAAGAUGAUGACUCAUCUUCAGAAGAAGAAAUGGAAUGGAGUGAUAACAGUUUGCUUCUAGCCAAUCUUUCUAUACCUCAGUUAGAUGGAACUGCAGAUGAAAAUAGUGACAAUCCAUUGAACAACGAAAAUUCUAGAACGCAUUCUUCUGUAAUUGCAACAAGCAAGCUAUCAGUCAAACCCUCCAUCUUUCACAAAGAUGCUGCUACAUUAGAACCCUCAUCUUCUGCUAAGUUUACCUUUCAGUGUAAACACACAAGUGCCCUUUCUUCCCAUGUUUUGAACAAGGAAGAUUUAAUUGAAGACCUUUCACAGACAAACAAAAAUAUAGAAAAAGGUCUAGAUAAUUCAGUCACUUCUUUUACAAAUGAAAGCACUUACUCUAUGAAAUACCCUGGAUCUUUAAGCAGUGGUGUUCAUUCAGAAAAUUCUCAUAAAGAGAAUAGUAAGAAAGACAUCCUCCCAGUAUCUUCAUGUGAAAGUAGUAUUUUUGAUUAUGAAGAAGAUAUUCCAUCUGUUACAAGACAAGUACCAAGUAGAAAAUAUACAAAUAUUAGAAAAAUCGAAAAGGAUUCCCCUUUUAUACAUAUGCACCGUCACCCUAAUGAGAAUACAUUGGGCAAAAAUUCUUUCAACUUUUCUGACUUAAAUCAUUCAAAAAAUAAAUUAUCCUCUGAAGGAAAUGAAAAAGGAAACAGCACAGCUCUGAGUAGUUUAUUCUCUUCAUCAUUUACUGAAAAUUGUGAAUUGCUGUCAUGCUCAGGGGAGAAUAGAACUAUGGUGCAUUCUCUUAAUAGCACCACUGACGAAAGUGGACUAAAUAAACUUAAAAUUAGAUAUGAAGAAUUUCAAGAACAUAAAACAGAAAAGCCAAGCCUCAGCCAGCAAGCAGCACACUAUAUGUUUUUUCCCAGCGUUGUUCUUUCUAACUGUCUCACUAGACCACAGAAACUAUCUCCUGUCACAUAUAAAUUACAACCUGGCAAUAAACCAUCUCGGUUAAAAUUGAAUAAAAAGAAACUUGCAGGUCAUCAGGAGACUUCUACCAAAAGUAGUGAGAGUGGAUCCACAAAAGAUAAUUGUAUACAAAAUAAUCUUUGUAAUAGUAAUACUGAGAAGGAUAAUGCAUUGGCCAGUGAUUUAACUAAAACAACUCGUGGAGGCUUUGAAAAUAAAACACCCACAGAUGGUUGUAUAGACUGUCACUUUGGAGAUGGAACAUUAGAAACUGAGCAGUCCUUUGGACUAUAUGGAAAUAAAUACACACUUAGAGCGAAACGCAAGGUAAAUUAUGAGACUGAAGACAGUGAAUCAAGUUUUGUAACACACAACUCAAAAAUUAGCCUACCUCAUCCCAUGGAAAUUGGUGAAAGCUUAGAUGGAACUCUCAAAUCUCGAAAACGAAGAAAAAUGUCUAAAAAGCUGCCCCCUGUCAUCAUCAAGUAUAUUAUUAUUAAUAGAUUUAGAGGGAGAAAAAAUAUGCUUGUGAAGCUAGGAAAAAUAGACUCUAAAGAAAAACAAGUAAUAUUAACAGAAGAAAAAAUGGAAUUAUAUAAAAAGCUUGCACCUUUGAAGGACUUUUGGCCAAAAGUUCCUGACUCCCCUGCAACCAAAUAUCCCAUUUAUCCACUAACACCAAAGAAAAGUCACAGAAGAAAGUCAAAACAUAAGUCUGCUAAGAAAAAAACUGGUAAGCAACAAAGGACAAAUAAUGAAAAUAUUAAAAGAACUUUGUCUUUUAGGAAAAAACGAUCACAUGCCAUUCUUUCUCCUCCCUCACCAUCUUACAAUGCUGAAACCGAAGAUUGUGACUUGAAUUAUAGUGAUGUCAUGUCUAAACUAGGUUUUCUUUCUGAGAGAAGCACAAGUCCCAUAAAUUCUUCUCCACCUCGCUGCUGGUCUCCCACAGAUCCAAGAGCUGAAGAAAUCAUGGCUGCUGCAGAAAAAGAGGCAAUGCUUUUUAAGGGUCCCAAUGUAUAUAAUAGUAAGACCGUUAAUUCUCGUAUCGGAAAAAAUAGUCGUGCAAGAGCACAGGUUAAGAAAUCAAAAGCAAAGCUUGUUAAUCCCUCUGUAGUUACUAAGAAAAGGAACAAACGAAAUCAGACAAAUAAACUAGUAGAUGAUGGAAAAAAGAAACCAAGAGCAAAACAAAAAACGAUUGAGAAAGGUACAGCAAGAAAGCAUAUAACACUUAAGGAUGAAAAAAUAAAAUCUCAGUCUGGUGCUGAAGUUAAGCUUGCACUGAAACACCAGAAUGUAUCUGAACUUGCAGGUAGUUCUGGAGGCUCUCAACUACUUUUUAAACAGAAAGAUCUGCCACUAAUGAGCUCUGCUGUAGAUCACCCCCUUUCUGCUCCCCUACCCAUUGGAAUUAAUGCACAACAGAAAUUAUCUGGCUGCUUUUCUUCUUUCUUAGAAAGCAAGAAGCCUGUAGAUUUGCAGACAUUCCCCAGUUCACGAGAUGGUUUGCAUCCAUCAGUUGUUUGUAAUUCUAUAGGACCUGGACUCUCAAAAAUUAAUGUUCAAAGGCCUCAUAAUCAAAGUGCUAUGUUUACUUUAAAGGAAUCAACCUUAGUCCAAAAAAAUGUAUUUGACCUUUCCAACCAUUUGUCUCAGGUAGCACAGAAUACACAGAUAUCUUCGGGUAUAAUGUCUCCAAAGAUAGAAGAUAAUGCAAAUAAUAUACAGAAAAACUAUUUGUCAUCAGUUGGAAAGUUAAGUGAAUAUUGCAAUUCCCUAGAAUCAAAGCCGGACCAAGCAUAUACCCCUAAUUUUUUGCAUUGCAAGGACAGUCAGCAGCAGAUUGUGUGCAUAGCAGAACAGUCAAAGCACAGUGAAACUUGUUCUCCAGGAAAUGGAACUUCAGAGGAAAGCCAAAUGCCUAAUUGCUUUGUAACGUCCUUGAGAAGUCCAGUCAAACAAAUAGCAUGGGAACAAAAGCCAAGGGGCUUUAUUUUAGAUAUGUCAAAUUUUAAACCUGAAAGAGUAAAACAAAGAUCAUUAUCAGAAGCAAUUUCACAAACCAAAGCACUUUCUCAGUGUAAAAAUCAAAAUGUGUCAGCACCUUCAGCAUUUGGUGAUGGACAGUCUGGACUGGCAGUUCUAAAAGAAUUGUUACAAAAAAGACAGCAGAAAGCACAAAAUGCAAAUAUCACACAAGACCCAUUAUCUAAUAAACAUCAAUCAAAUAAAAAUAUUUCUGGUUCACUUGAACAUAACAAAGCAAAUAAGCGGACUCGAUUGGUAACAUCCCCGAGAAAACCUCGAACUCCCAGAAGUACAAAACCAAAAGAAAAAAUCCCCAAACUUCUCAAAGUAGACUCUUUAAAUUUCCAAAACUCUAGCCAGUUGGAUAACUCCCUAUCAGAUGAUAGUCCCGUCUUUUUUUCAGAUCCAGGUUUUGAAAGUUGUUAUUCACUUGAAGAUAGCUUAUCUCCUGAACAUAAUUAUAAUUUUGAUAUUAACACGAUAGGUCAGACUGGAUUUUGUAGCUUUUAUUCUGGAAGUCAGUUUGUCCCAGCUGAUCAGAAUUUGCCUCAGAAGUUCCUAAGUGAUGCUGUUCAGGAUCUUUUUCCAGGACAAGCUGUAGAAAAACAUGAGUUUUUAAGUCAUGACAGCCAGAAAUGUGAUGAAGACAAGUAUCAUGCUGCAGACUCAGCCUCAUGGAUUAGAUCUGGUACUUUAAGUCCUGAAAUGUUUGAGAAAUCAUCCAUAGAUAGCAAUGAGAAUCAUCGCCACAACCAGUGGAAAAACAGCUUUCAUCCUCUAACAACUCGGUCUAAUUCAAUAAUGGAUUCUUUCUGUGUUCAGCAGGCAGAAGAUUGUCUAAAUGAAAAAUCUAGAUUGAAUAGGAGUUCAGUAAGCAAAGAAGCGUUUCUUAGCCUCUCACAGCCAAACAAUUCAGACUGGAUUCAAGGUCACAGCAGAAAAGAAAUGGGACAGUCUCUUGAUUCAGUCAAUACCUCUUUUAGUGCAAUACUCUCCUCCCCUGAUGGUGAACUUGUGGACAUGGCCUGUGAAGAUUUAGAACUAUAUGUUUCAAGAAACAAUGAUGUGUUGACACCAACUCCUGAUAGUUCACCAAGAUCUACUAGUUCUCCCUCACAAUCUAAAAAUGGCAAUUUCACCCCUCGAACUGCUCACAUUCUGAAACCACUUAUGUCCCCACCAAGUAGGGAAGAAAUUAUGGCAACUUUGUUGGAUCAUGACCUUUCAGAGACUAUUUACCAGGAACCAUUUUGCAGUAAUCCUUCUGAUGUACCAGAAAAGCCCAGGGAGAUUGGUGGACGCCUCCUCAUGGUAGAAACUCGACUUGCAAAUGAUCUGGCUGAGUUUGAGGGAGACUUUUCCUUGGAAGGACUUCGUCUGUGGAAAACAGCAUUCUCAGCAAUGACUCAAAAUCCAAGGCCAGGGUCACCCCUUCGCAGUGGCCAAGGAGUUGUCAAUAAAGGGUCAAGUAAUAGCCCUAAAAUGGUUGAAGAUAAAAAAAUUGUGAUUAUGCCUUGCAAAUGUGCCCCAAGUCGACAACUGGUUCAAGUGUGGCUUCAAGCCAAAGAAGAAUACGAACGUACCAAGAAACUGCCUAAAACCACGCCAACUGGAGUUGUAAAAUCUGCUGAGAACUUUAGCUCUUUAGUUAACCCAGAUGAUAAACCUGUAGUGCCUCCAAAAAUGGAUGUAAGUCCAUGUAUACUCCCCACUACAGCACAUACCAAGGAUGUUGAUAAUUCUCAGAUUGCUUUACAAGCACCAAUCACAGGAUGUAGUCAAACUGCAAGUGAAAGUCAGAUGCUGCCACCAGUUGCCUCUGCAAGUGAUCCUGAAAAAGAUGAAGAUGAUGAUGAUAACUAUUAUAUUAAUUAUAGCUCCCCUGAUUCUCCAGCUAUUCCCCCUUGGCAACAAGCAAUAUCCCCAGAUUCCAGAGCAUUAAAUGGAGAUGAUAGACCCUCAUCACCAGUAGAGGAGCUGCAUUCAUUGGCUGUUGAGAACUUAAAGCCAAUAAAAGAUGGUAUACAAAAAAGCCCCUGCAGUGAGCCUCAAGAGCCUCUAGUGAUAUCUCCAAUUAAUGCCAGGGCAAGAACUGGGAAAUGUGAAUCACUUUGCCUUCAUAGUACACCAAUCAUACAGAGAAAACUUCUGGAAAGGCUUCCUGAAACAACUGGCCUUAGCCCAUUAUCAAUAGAACCAAAAACACAGAAGUUGAGUAAUAAGAAAGGAAGUAAUACUGACACUCUUAGAAGAGUACUCUUAACACAAGCAAAGAAUCAAUUUGCAGCAGUAAAUACCCCAAAGAAAGAAACUUCUCAGAUUGAUGGACCAUCUUUAAACAAUACUUACGGUUUCAAAGUCAGCAUAGAAAACUUACAGGAGGCGAAAGCUUUACACGAGGUACAAAAUCUUACCCUAAUCAGUGUGGAGCUGCAUGCUCGCACUAGACGAGACUUAGAACCAGAUCCUGAGUUUGACCCAAUCUGUGCUCUGUUCUACUGCAUCUCAUCUGACACUCCACUGCCAGAUACAGAAAAAACAGAACUCACGGGUGUAAUAGUGAUUGAUAAAGACAAGACAGUUUUCAGUCAAGAUAUCAGAUAUCAGACUCCAUUACUUAUUAGAUCUGGAAUUACAGGACUUGAAGUCACCUAUGCUGCUGAUGAGAAGGCACUUUUUCAUGAAAUUGCAAAUAUAAUAAAGAGGUAUGAUCCUGAUAUUCUACUAGGGUAUGAGAUUCAGAUGCAUUCCUGGGGUUACCUCUUACAAAGGGCUGCUGCUUUAAGUGUUGACUUAUGUCAGAUGAUCUCUCGGGUGCCAGAUGACAAAAUUGAGAACAGAUUUGCAGCUGAAAGAGAUGAGUAUGGAUCAUAUACAAUGAGUGAGAUAAAUAUUGUUGGCCGAAUCACACUAAAUCUUUGGAGAAUCAUGAGAAAUGAGGUGGCUCUAACUAACUACACCUUUGAAAAUGUGAGCUUUCAUGUGCUUCAUCAGCGUUUUCCCCUCUUUACCUUUCGAGUCUUGUCAGAUUGGUUUGAUAAUAAGACGGACCUAUACAGAUGGAAAAUGGUUGAUCAUUACGUUAGCCGUGUCCGUGGGAAUCUCCAAAUGUUAGAACAGCUGGACCUGAUUGGGAAAACCAGUGAGAUGGCUAGACUUUUUGGCAUUCAGUUUUUACAUGUACUGACAAGAGGUUCACAGUACCGUGUGGAAUCAAUGAUGUUGCGUAUUGCAAAGCCAAUGAACUAUAUUCCUGUGACACCUAGUGUUCAGCAAAGAUCCCAAAUGAGAGCCCCACAGUGUGUUCCUCUAAUUAUGGAGCCGGAAUCCCGCUUCUAUAGCAACUCUGUUCUCGUUUUGGAUUUCCAAUCACUUUAUCCUUCUAUUGUGAUUGCAUAUAACUAUUGUUUUUCCACCUGCCUUGGCCAUGUGGAGAACUUGGGAAAGUAUGAUGAGUUCAAAUUUGGCUGUACCUCUCUGAGAGUACCUCCAGAUUUACUUUACCAAGUUAGGCAUGAUAUCACAGUGUCCCCCAAUGGAGUAGCUUUUGUCAAGCCUUCAGUAAGAAAAGGUGUACUACCAAGAAUGCUUGAAGAAAUUUUGAAGACUAGAUUUAUGGUGAAGCAGUCAAUGAAGGCUUACAAGCAAGACAGAACCCUGUUGCGAAUGCUUGAUGCACGUCAACUAGGACUUAAGCUGAUAGCAAAUGUCACAUUUGGCUAUACAUCUGCUAAUUUUUCUGGGAGAAUGCCAUGCUUUGAAGUAAGUGAUACAAAUCUGUAGUUUUUUUCAAAAGAGACUAAAAUA